AUGGCGACCGUUGAAUCCAGCAAAGCUUCUUCAAGCAAGAGCAAGAGCAAGGAACCAAAAGAGACGAAGGAGCCAAAGGAGAAGGAACGCAAGGCGCGCUCGUCGAAGCAGUCGCACGCCGAACGGCUCAAGACCGUCGUGCGCAGGCUGCCACCGAACCUCCCAGAGGACGUCUUCUGGCAGAGCGUGCAGAGGUGGGUCUCGGACGAGACCGUCAUUUGGAAGGAGUACCACCAGGGCAAAUUCAAGAAACGGCUGAACAAGGAAAACAUUCCGUCGCGGGCGUACAUUGCAUUCAAGGAUGAGGAGACGCUUGCUACUUUCAGUAGGGAGUAUGACGGACAUGUAUUUCGGGAUAAGGCUGACGAAGAUUACAUCUCGUUUUUGGAGUCGCUGAAGGAGCCAGCGUCCAAGCCCUUCGACGUGGAUAUCAUCGAAACACUAGUUGCCAGCACGCAGGCCCCAGCCCAGCCCACAACUACGCCCCUACUUGAAGCUCUCAAAGCUGAGAAGUCUGCGCAGAAAGACAAGGAAGCGAUUCUCCGCGCACAUGCACACUACAAGGAGAUUGCGGCGAACCCCUCUAAAGCGUCCAAGAAAGAAGAAGCCAAGCAGAAAGCGGCCGCAGCCAAAACUGAAGCUGCCUCUCAGAAGGCGGCGCCACAAGUAAAGCCCGCAGAAGGCCAGCCUAGCAAGAAAGCUGCGAAGAAGGCCGCUAAAGCUGCCGCACAGGCGCAAGCGAAGGAUGCCAACCCGCCCGCAGCAGCGAAGAAGGGGAAGGAUAAAGAGAAGGAUAAGGACAAAGAAAAAAAAUUAGAAAAGGAGAAGGAACCUCAGCCUGCACCCACGAUACUGAAGAAUCAGGCGCAACGCACGUCCGAGCCGAGCGAAGCGGGGACGUCGAAGCCACCACCGACGACGCCCAAAGCACCCCGAAGCCAGGCGUCCGCGUCCGCGUCCGCACCCGCGAAUCCGCCUCCUCCUGUCCCCCCGCUUGCACCCUCCGCGCAGACUGCAGGCUCAGAGCCACUCGCCUCUACCCCAGCACCCGCUGCGGCCUCCCGACAGCGUACGCGACCUGUCAUUGGGCUCGCGUCCCGGCAGUUCGAGGCAGCGCUGAGCGGCGUGGUGGGCGGUCGGCCGAGGCGUGAGCGCGAGAAGGACAAGGAGUCGGGCCCGUCGACGCCUGUCUCUGCCGUUCCCGGCACGUCAGCGUCAGAGGCGAGCUCGCCCAAGCCGAAGCAGCAGGCGGCGGCUGCAGGCGCUCCGACGAUAUUGCAGCGAGACCCGCAGCCGGCGUCUGGGGUUGGUGCUAAACAAGGGCAGUCAGCGGCAGAGAGCGAGAGUGGUGCGCCUCAGAGGGACGAGAGCGCUGGUCGCGGGAAGGGAAGAGGAAGGGGCAGAGGGCGUGGCCGAGGAGGUGCAUGA